AUGUUCUUUACAGCCACCGUUGUUGUGCUACUACAACAACACAUUUCUAUGGCGCGAAUUGCCAUUCUUGGCAGCGUGCUUCUCUGGCUUGGACUUGUGGCUUCAGCGUUCGUACCCAGCAUUGCGUGGAUGUGCUUUACGUUCGGUUUCAUCCACGGUGGUGGAAAAGGAACGACAUUGGUCGCGAUAAAUACCAUCUUGCUUCCAUAUUUCGACAAGUACAGGGGAGUUGCGAGCGGGAUGCGGUACGCAGGAGAAACGUGCAGUGGACUAUUCUUUCCAAAGAUCCUCGUGUUUCUGGAAACUGCAUACGGUUUUAAAGGAAUGCUUCUGAUUCUGGGAGCAAUACUAAUGCACGCGACAGCGCUCGUUCUCCUGCUCGAAGAACCCCGCUGGCUCAAGCGGAGCCAGCAGACUACGAAGUUAGUGAUCCGCGUGUUGAGUUUAAAUAUAAAUGAAAACAAAAUAAAUAUAUCUCAGUUUAUAAGUGCGAAAUCUCAAUCCAUCAUGCGCGACGUACUCUCGCUAAGUUGUGCGGCAAAUAAAUUGGCAUGCGGGUAA